GGCUACUCAUUUAGUAACAUGCCACCAUUUUCACUCCUGCAUUAUUUAGCCACCAUCUAAUCUAAUAUUAACCUCCAAAUGUCCAAAUAACUAGGGAUGGCAAAAAUAUCCGUAACCGUGGAUAUCCGCCCGAACCCGGCCUAAUCGGGCAGGGUAAAACUCGAACCCGAAGGACAUUUAGUGGGUACGGGUAAAACCCGAACCCGAAUAUUGCGGGUAAUGGGUGGGCAUGGGUUUCUUAGUAUCCAACCCGAAUCCGCCCGAUUAUACACAUACAUAUGUAUUUUGUCUAGAAAUAGUCAUUAUUUUUCUCUAGCAUAUUUUAUAUUUAGCAUAUAAAUAUAAUAUUUUCAUGAAAUUGUGUUGUUUUAAUUCAUUUUCUUCAUUCUAGUGAAUUAUUGUCAUACUUUUUCUUCUUGCGUAAUGUGAGAAUACGUGUAAAUGUUAAUAUAUUAGUUGGAGUUAUGAAGAGAAAUCAUUACCCAUGGAUAACUGUGGAUACCCGAAACCCGAACGAGUAUGGGCAUUGUUUUAAUUUUCUACCCGUUUCAUAUGUGGGUAUGGGUAUAGGUAAAACCCGAACUACUUUGGAUAGGGUAACAGAUAUGCACUAUCCGUCCCCGACCCAUUGCCAUCCCUACAAAUAACAUUCCCAGUUACAUCCACCAACCACACCCUCAAAAGAAAAAAUCUUCCCAUGGGUAAAUAAAAUAUUCUAGGGAUUCAGAAUCAUGGAAGUAAGGGGAUUGGAUGCACCGAUUGACGGGCAGCGACGGCGCCUAGUGGGAGCUUGGCGGGACAUGGGGUUCACAGCUGCAACCCACCGCCCUGCCCCACGUAUCUUUUCCCUACUGAAGAACACAUCUUCGAUCCUACUCAAUGGCUCAAUGCCACGCUGAUCCAAUCUGGCAGCCUAAUCCAAAAUCCCUAGCAAACAAAACCCUGUUCCAAUUUUUUAAUCUCUCCCUCAAAAGAUUCUCACUUUUCCCCGCGAACCCUUUUGCUUCCCAUUUAUUAACUCCCCACUCUCUCGAAUCUCGAUCAUCACUCUAGUUCUUAUCUCCCGCUUCCCUUUCUCAAAUUCCCCUGCAGGAUUUCCUCGAACGAUUUGGAUAUUCAAACAGGUAAUUCGCUGAUGAGAAAAUGAAUUGCUGAGAAAUAAUUUCUAUUUUUUUUGACAGUACCCAUGUCAUGUUUUAUUUUUGUUUGUCAAUUUCAAGGAUCUUUUCCUUUCCUUUUUGGUGGGCUUUUGCCUCAGAUAUUUUUGGUUCUGAAUUAGAUAAGGAUGUGGUGUAGGAUUGAUGUUUGAGUUUCCUGCUUGCCUGGGGUCGAGAUUUUUAUGCAAGUUGUGGUGGGUUUGAUUACUUUCAGAGGUUUUCCAGUUUGCUCUUCAGAAAGCGAUGUUUUUUUCUACCACUCAUUCCCUUCUGCCUAUUUAUAGCCCCAAUUUCGUCAACUUUCAGCCAUGUCAGCAGAUCUUUGAUCAAUUUGAGGCUGAUGGGUUCCCUUCGUUAAACAAAAGUCUUCUGAUUUCUUAUCUUGUUCGACAAUUUGAGUCUUUUUCCCCGUUCUUAUCCUACUUGAUGAAUCUUUUGCCAUUCUUUCCUCAGCAGGAUAAGCCAUUUCUGGAGGUUCUAAUUGAUACUGAUCAUCCGGUGGAUUGUAAAGAGAGAGAGAAUAUAGAAAAAUGUUGGAAGAGAAAGAGAAGAAGUUCCUCACAGUAGCGCCAUUCCAGUGUGCUUGGAGGAAAGACUUGAAAUUCCGGGAAGCUGGAAGAGGCUGUGUAGCAUUCGAUGCAUUUGCUCACAACGAUGUCACAGUCGUCUUCAGAGAGAAUGUCGGUACUCUCCACUACCAUUACAAGAGGGACAACAGCCCUCAUUACACUGUGAUCCUCGGCAGCAACCGGAACCGAAGAUUGAAGAUUGAAGCAGACGGGAAGACGGAGGUCGAUGUGGAAGGUAUUGGAUUAUGCUCCUCUACUUUCCAGAGUUACUGGAUCAGCAUUUACGAUGGGUUGAUCAGCAUCGGAAAAGGAAGGUACCCGUUCCAGAAUCUCAUGUUUCAGUGGCUGCAUUCGAAUCCGAAUUGUAACGUUCGUUAUGUCGGGCUCAGUAGCUGGGAUAGGCAUGUGGGUUAUAGGAAUGUGAAUGUGUUGCCAUUGCCUCAUGACCAUAUGUUGCUGUGGAAGCAAGUCGAUUCGGGAGAGUUUGAAGGGAAGGAAGACAGUGAAGAGGAGUUGGAAGGUGAGGAAGUUGAGGAUGAGGAAUGGGGGCUUCAGAAUUUCCUGGAAAGCUGGGAACUUUCUGAUGUCUUCUUCAUUGUUGGCAUGGAGGAAAGACCCGUUCCAGCUCACAAAGUCAUUCUGCAAGCUUCUGGUAAUUUCCCUUUCAGUUCAUCGGAUGAAGAUGUCAUCCAGCUUAAGAGUGUAGCAUAUCCAGUUAUGCGUUCACUUCUUCAGUACAUUUAUGCUGGUCGAACCCAGGUUUUGGAGUCGGAAGUUGAGAUGUUGAUGGCGUUGAGUCUGCAAUUUGAGGUGACGCCCUUGGCAAAGCAGUGUGAAGAAAUUUUGGAAAGGUGUAAACUAAAUAAGAAGUUGUUUGGACAUGGGAAGAGUGUGGAAUUGUUGUAUCCAUACUCUCGACCCCAUUCUUGUACGAUGUUCCCUGCCGGACUCCCUGUGAAUCAGAAACGGCUCAGUGAAUUGCAUUCAGCUGGGGAGUACAGUGAUCUAAAUAUUUACAUUGAAGGAUAUGGACUUGUUGCACAGCCUCAUAAGAUUGUUGUCAGCAUAUGGAGUGUUCCAUUUGCCAAGAUGUUCACAAACGGAAUGAGUGAGAGCUGCUCAUCUGAAGUUCAUCUAAGAGAUGUGCCACUGCAGGCAUUCAAGAUAAUGCUCGAAUUCAUGUAUAGUGGGGAUCUCAAUUUGGAGGACACUACAGAUUCUGGAACUUUGUUACUCCAACUUCUUUUGUUGGCUGACCAAUUCGGAGUCACUAUUCUCUAUCAGGAAUGCUGCAAAACGCUUUUAGAAUGUCUAUCGGAGGACGUUGUGUGUCCAAUCCUGCAAGUCGUUUCAUCGAUUUCAUCCUGUAAACUCAUUGAAGAAACGUGUCAGAGAAAGUUCGCAAUGCAAUUUGAUUAUUGUACAACCGCAAGCCUUGACUUCGUUUUGUUAGAUGAGGCAACUUUUGGUAACAUCAUUCAGCAUCAAGAUCUAACAGUAACAUCCGAGGAGAGAGUUCUCAAUGCCAUUCUGAUAUGGUGCUUGCAAGCCAAGGAACUAUGUGGGUGGGAAGCAGUGGAUGAACUGGUUGCAUUCAAAACCCUUGACCUACUUUUCGGUGAGCGGCUUCAGGCUCUGAAUGAUCUGCUGCCAUUUGUCAGGUUUCCACUGCUUCCGUACAACUUACUUAAAAGGUUGGAGCAGAGCAACCUUUGCAAGCAGAUAUAUAUUUUUUAUGAUCUUGUGAGGGAGGCAAUCGCAUAUCUGGAUUUUGGACUUACUAACAACAACCGACUAAAAGACCAGAGCCUAAGGUUUCAACAUAGGCGAUCCAGUUACAAGGAGCUGCAGUACAUUUGUGAUGGGGACAGCAAUGGAGUUCUGCACUUUGCUGGCACUUCUUAUGGGCAGCAUCAGUGGGUUAAUCCUGUUCUAUCAAAGAGAAUCGACAUAACAGCAAGCUGCCCAGCUUCAAGAUAUACAGACCCUAAGGCUUUGGCAUCAAGGACCUAUCAGGGAAUGUGCUUUACUGGACCCAGAAUAGAAGAUGGACGAGUACGCUCAUGGUGGAUGGUUGACAUUGGCCAAGAUCAUCAGCUUAUGUGCAACCACUACACGUUGAGGCUAGACGGCUCAAGAGCUUAUAUAAGGUCUUGGAAAUUCCAGGGCUCGUUGGAUGCCAAGACAUGGACGGACUUAAGAACACACAACGACGACCAAUCAAUGAGCAAACCAGGCCAGUUUGCGUCGUGGCAGAUCACGGGGCCGAAUGCACUGCUGCCGUUCAGAUACUUUAGAGUGAUGUUAACUGGUCCGACGACCGAUGUAUCGAAUCCCUGGAACCUGUGCAUUUGCUUCUUGGAACUCUACGGUUUCUUUCGUUAAUGCUGCUGUUCAGUUUCUUCAUUUGCUUGGCGAUGAUGUUUUGUGUUUGUUUAGAAAGAAGUCAUUGUACCAAUGAUGCAUAUGUGGGGUGGCUGUGGUUCUUCCCCUUCAUUCAAAUCAAAAGAAAAAGGUUGAUUUCCAAGUUCAAUUUGUGUUUCCAAGUUUUAUGGGCUACGUAUAUUGGGCUCUAAUGGCCUAGUAGUAAUAAUCGGUCAGUAUCCGGUAUACUGGAUAUUGAUUACCCAGUAUUCGGUAUAUCGGAAACAGACAGGGUACCCGUCGAAUACCGAUACCGAAUGUUAACCGAUAUACUGAAUACCGAAUAGUCGGUAUCUGAUAUUAAUACCGGGUAUGUACAUGAAAGUCGAUUGUUGGGGAUUGUUGGUCUACACUGGCAAAUACCUCGAUGAGUACCGCCCGACCACCAACAAGCUCUACGACAAGAGGAGGGCAGGUCAGUGUGGAUACCAGAAGAGACCAAAAAAUUCAGAUCCUCCUCCUGGCUUCAUCCAGCCAUCAGCUAUGGUGCUGCCGGGAGUUUGAAGCUGCAGCCUCCGCGGGAUGCUUUUGUUUCGGAGCUUGAUCGGGCAGCGAUGUUGGAUUUGUCUUCUUCCUCAGGACUUGUUGACGUUGAAAGGGUGAUGGAGAGGUCGUCUUCUUCCUCGGGACUUGCUGACGAUGAAAGGGAUGCAGUAGAGGGUUGGCUGCUGGGGGCGGCGGCCGGGGCUGGGGGCGACGAAUCAUAGGAGAAGGAAUUGGUUGUUGGGGAGGGACGAGGGAGGGAGGUCGAUCGAAAUUAUUAGGGAUUAGGGUUGUUGCUUGCUGGUCGACCUCUGCUUCCCCCAAAUCUCAAUUCGCAAUUCCCAAAUCCAUUCCCCCUAUGCGUUGCGUUGUAGUUUUUUUUUAACAUUCGGUACUAUGGUAUACCAGUAUAUCAUCGGUAAUUACCGCCUAUAUCCAGUAUUACCGAAUGAAAAAUUACACGCCCGAGUAAUACCGAAUACCGGUAUUACCAAUUACCACCCACUGGACUAACUGGUCAAGAAGAGCAUGGAGCGACUGUGUGAGGCCUUCAACACAAAAAAAAAUAAAGAGUGACAGCUGGUGGGGUAGGAUAUUAUGCCUACCCUUAAAAGGGUUGGUUUUUUGACACCCCAUUCUUAAUUGGUCAAUUUUUUCAUUAAUUAUUGACAUGUAUCAAUGAAGGUAGACAUAAUAAAUGUUCUGCUAUUAAAAACAAAGUAAGCAUUAAAUACACCACAUUAAUUACUUGUUUUUUUUUUAAAUCUAAACAUAUACAAAAUACAAUUCUCUCUCUCAUUUUUUAUCUUUCUCACUCCUAUCUCUUAUUCUUCCUUUCCCAGCAGCCUCCGACCACCAAGUUUCCUUCGACCACCACACUUCGCCGGUAAAAUCCCGCCGACAGACUCUCUCCGGUCACUUGCGAAAAUAUACCACUGCACUGAUAUGUUGUACCACUGUACUGGUAUUUGUACCACUACACUGAUACUCAGAUAUGACAUUGGUACCAGUGCACUGAUAUCGCUACUAGUGCAGUUGUAUAGCUACCAAUGCAGUGGUACAAUGUAUCAGUGCAGUGGUAUAUUUUUUGCAGGUGGUCAGAGAGAGUCUGCCGAUGGGAUUUUCACCAGAGAAGUGUGACGGUCGGAGGAAACCUGGUGGUCGGAGGGUGUUGAAAAAGGGAAAAUGAGAUAUAGGGAGAGAAAAUGUAUUUAGUGUAGAUUUUAAUUUGAAAAAAAAAAUACAAAUAAUUCAUAUGG